AUGCGCCGAAUGUUCAAUGCCUGCGAAGAGGGCAAGCCCUACGUGGUGGUGGCGGGGCCGCAGCCUUGCUCCCUGGACCCUUGGGCAGAUCGUCGCAGCUGCCCUUGGCUGCUCAGCCUCAGCCGCUGGAAGGCUGCUGUGCAGCCGGCAGCCAACGUGCUGCAUGAGGUUCUCUACGACGCAGAUCGGCCACACUACUGCACCGUUUGUGAAGUGUCGGUCGCCAACUUCGCCAAGCACCUUUUUGAGGCGAGGCAUUGGCAACAGCUCUGCGACAAGGUGCCCGAUGGGAGGCCAGUGGUCGCCUCUGGGCUUUGUCUAUGGCAGCAAUGGGACCUGCCAGACGGCCUGGUUCGCUUCAACCAUUUGCACGGGCAGGUCGAGCUAUCACGCGGAAGCCCUGACCACCUGAGGCCAACCAUGUUCCGCCGAUCUUCGCCCUCACCGUCGCGCAGGAAGCUCACAUGGCUUAGCGGCCUGCCGGGCGCAGAGUCCUUGGACAACUACAACUGCUGCAAAGAGCGGCAUGCGCUGGGGCACUCCCGGCAUCAGGUGGAUUGGGACGUGUUCCCCUACCUAGAGCUGGAAGGCGAGCCUAGCCAUGCUGCAGUGAAAGCCUUUGCUUGGAGGCUGUGGUUGGAGCACGUUUGGCCCAAAGCUUGGCCAUUGCUGCGGCAGCUGCGGAGCAUCUGGGAGAUGCGCAGGCCCUUUUGGUGCUCUUUGUGUAACUCCUCGAUGACGCUGGAUCAAUUGCCUCGGCACCUUCGCAGCCGCCGCCACUUUGCUGCUCUGCUACGAUGCUGCACCCAGUGCCAAUCGCCAACACAGCAGCUGGACACGGCCGAGCUGCUGGAGCUGGACCACCUGCAGCUGCACAUCUCUGGCGGCGCCAGCGCUCCAUCCAGUCGGCAGCUGGAGGUGGAGGAGUUCGCUUGGAGGCUUUGGCGCGAACAUGUAGCCUCACCAGAAGCGGCGGAGUUCGUGCAGGAAAUGCUGCAACAACAUGAGGUAUUUGAAGAGAGCAUGGUGUGCGGGUUGUGCAGCGAGAACAUGGGCGAGCAUGUGGCAGAUCAUUUGCGCUCGCCAAACCACUUCAGGCGGCUCCUUUGGUGGCUCUUCCAGGGGGAUCUCAUGACUCAGCCCAUCUUCCGCCCCGGCGCUGGGGCGCUGAUACAGAGCUUUCAGGCCUUCCACAAGGACGUGCUGACUGAGCCCUUGAAUGCAUCUGGCCUGGUGGUGCCCAAAGGCGCCGUUCGUGUUCGCGUGCCUGCCGGGGUUCGCUUCAUCAAGCCCGAGAACGUUUGCUCCUUGAAGCUGGCGCUUAGAGUGCAGGUGGUGGCGCCGGGGGCUGGCACAGGUCUCAACGGCGAUAUCUACAAAGAGCUGGGCGAAGACACGCAAUUCAAGGUGGAUAUUUGCGGGAAGCGAGGGGCGCCCUAUGAUCGAUACCCGCCAUGCUGGGAGCAUGGGCAUCCCGCACCAAACCUGGAAACCUGGACACAGGAGCUGUUGACGCAGCCCAUGGGAGACGUCCUGGUAUGUGGCUCACGUGGAGGCCAGGUUGUGCUCCCGCGCUUCUGGCAGAAGGUGGGUGACCAGAUUCCGCCAGCGGUGGUCAUCAACGGAGGCUGCGCAAUGAAUCUUCCGGGCCCGAAGAUAGCGUGGCCCAACCAGGCUGUGAACAUCCUCUUGCUCGGGGGCCAGGACUUUUUCAAGGGGCAAAAGUCCUCCUCCGAGUACCUCGCCUCGACGAAGAAGUGCAUCCCGGUCAACACUCGCACUGCCAUCAUCUACGUGCGGCAGAUGCAGCACGUGCCACAAAAAGCCCUGCUGCAAAUGGUGCUUCGACCCUUGGUCCUAGCGGCAGCCGCGUGGCAAUUCUCGAAGAUCAACCCAGAGGAGCAGCUGCGGGCUGUGACUAACCAGUUGGAGGACGCCUGGCAAGCUCACGUGUUGGACUUCAAGAAAGCGCAUUCUAAGCCAGGACCAAGCACCGCUUAG